AUGAACCCUGAUCUAUAUGAAGAAUACCGAGAAUUCCUUAGAGAAUACCUAGAGCUGGGCCACAUGAAGCUCAUAUCACCAAACGACCUGGUCAAAAUCCAGUACUUCAUACCGCACUCCUGCGUAAUAAAAGCAGAGUCCACCUCCACGAAAUUAAGAGUGGUGUUUGAUGCUAGCGCUAAGACAUUAAACAACCGAUCAUUGAACGACCUGCAAAGGUGCGGGCCAGUGAUUCAGCGAGAUUUAUUUGAUCUGCUGCUGGAUUUCAGAUGCCACGAAAAGGUGGUAACAGCCGACAUUGCCAACAUGUACAGGCAAAUCAACGUCCAUGACGACGACACGUGGAUGCAAUGCAUCCUGUGGAGAGCACAAUCCAAUGAAGAAAUUCAAGCAUACCGCUUGACAACUGUCACGUACGGAGAAGCCGCUUCUUCCUUCCAGGCCUGCCGGGCUCUUUACCAAACAACCUCAUGA